UUUGUCUAAACUGUGUAAAAAAAAAAAAAGCAGUUUAGAUUUAAAUUUUGUGACUUCUGCAGCCAUGAAGUUGCUUGUGGCUGGGAUUUUUCUCAUUCUAAUUGUGGAAACCAAUGCCCAGUGGUAUAAUUUCCCAAUUGAAGCAGCUAAAGGGGCUGGUGAUAUGUGGCGAGCCUACAGCGACAUGAGGGAGGCCAACUGGAAAGAUUCAGACAAAUACUUUCAUGCCAGAGGAAACUCUGAUGCUGCACAGAGAGGAGCAGGAGGCAGAUGGGCUGCUGAGGUUAUCAGUAACACCAGAGAGUGGGUGCAGGAGAGACUGGGUCAUGGCGCUGAGGACUCCGAAGCUGAUCAGGCGGCAAACCGUUGGGGGCGAGACGGAAAUGAUCCCAACCAUUUCAGGCCCGAGGGUCUUCCCAACAAGUACUGAGCGCAAAGCUCAUUGACUUACAGGAGAAUAAAACUGCAUGAAGACGCUUCUAGUGUUGGAGUUAGUGAAAACAUGGUGUUUUAAAUAGCCCAAAUUUGUUGUUGCUCAGAUACCUGAGCUCCAUCAACUGAUCACGUCUCCCCUGUAAAAGAUGUGCCGGGACCUGAGGUGGGGUGGUGUGUGUGGUACAAGCGGGGAAGCAGGAAAGUUGCCCAUUGAAAAAACACUGAACAAAUAAAAAACGUGUGAAACUGCAAAA